CCGAGGUAUUCGACGCUUGAAGCGGCAAACGUACAUUUGCUGAGCUUGGCGUAGAAUUUCUUCUCUCGGAGGAUCGAGAGGACUUGGCGAAUAUGCUGGAGGUGGGACUCGAAGGUGCGGCUAAAGAUGAGGAUGUCAUCAAGGUACACGAUAACACAGACUUCGAGGAGGUCACAGAAGAUGUGAUUCAUGGUGGACUGGAAUGUGGCGGGGGCAUUGGUGAGUCCGAAAGGCAUUACAAGGAACUCAUAGUGCCCAAACCGAGAGCGGAAUGCGGUCUUAUGGGUGUCCUCCUCGCGGAUACAGAUCUGGUGGAAGCCACUGCAAAGUUCAAUCUUGGUGAAAUAUUUGGCUCCACGAAGUCGAUCAAGGAUCUCGGAGAUCCGAGGUCGGGGGAGGUGAACUCAUUCGAGGAGGUGAUGGAGGUGGUGUCCUCGGACGCGAUGUUGUGGAAGAAGCGAGGGCGGGGAGGGGCUGAU